GUCAAAGGUGUAAUUGCACAAAGGUAGAAAUCGAAGCACUAAUUCGCGGAAGUAGAAAAAUAGCAGCGAGGACGACCGUCAAUACACAGAUUAAACGGCAAAGUUACUAUGGUGAUAGAGGCAGGAGGUAAACCUUCCACAGGGAUGACCUCGAGAGAAUUGUGUGAAAAUGAUGACCUUGCCACCUCUGUCACGAUUGACCCCUAUUUAGGGCUUAUGACUCACAAAAUGAAUAUCAGACACCGUCCAGUUAAGCCAAAAGUUCAAGACGAGGUCAAGCAGUUUAUGACAUGUUUCGUCAAGGACAAUGUGUAUGAAACAGCACUAAGUGAAGUCUUCAGUACUGAACCAGUGCAAACUUUUAUACAGAACAAAAGUAAAACCCAACAAGCAGUGCUGAGGGAACAUAUAUGUAGGUACCUUCGGAUAUAUGACCGCAGGGCUGGAUUUAACCUAUUUCCUUGUCAUAGAUACUCUAUGGAGGGACAAGUAGGGGCCAAAAUCUGUGCCACAAAGCAUUGGUAUAGAAAUGACAAGAUCCCGAUGCUGGUGGGCUGUAUCGCUGAACUCUCUAAAGAGGAGGAAGAUAAAGUCCUAAAGCCAGGAAUUAAUGAUUUCAGUGUGAUGUACUCCUGUCGCAAGAACUGUGCUCAACUGUGGUUAGGACCGGCGAGCUUUAUUAACCAUGACUGUAGGGCUAAUUGUCGGUUUGUUUCCACUGGGAGAGAUACUGCAUGUGUGAAAGUUUUACGUGAUAUUGACCCAGGGGAGGAAAUCACUUGCUUCUAUGGGGAAGAUUUCUUUGGAGAGAACAAUUGUCUUUGUGAAUGUGAAACAUGUGAAAGGAGGAAAAAGGGAGCAUUUAAAUCCGAGGACCUCCCUUCAGUAAACACCGAGGAGAAAGGUUAUAGGUUACGUGAUACAGACGACAGACUGACCCGGCUAAAAGUGGAUACAGAAAAGACCAAACCGGUGGCAGAAAUGCUUGGAGGAGCUCCAUAUGGCAAUGAGAAUUGGAAUGUGAGAGAUGGUAACCUGAAGAAACAGUCACAUCUUCUGAAGAAAGCUGAGCUCAAAAAGAGAGGGAUCACUAGAUAUGAUGCUGAAAUUCUUCUGUCUCAGGGUCUAAAACUACCGGAUCCGAAAGACCCGGGUCAGCAUAAAAAACGCUGCCAGUCAACAAACGGUGAAGAAUCUAGAGCUAAAAGUAAUAUUUUGAACAACAAGCGUGGAAAAAAUGGCAGAUUUCAGUUGAAAAGAGAAUCUCAUCCGAUCAUUUCGGAACAAGACAGUCAAGGUAUAGCCGCUAAAAUCAAAUCUCCCAACAAGAGAAUGAGUUUCACUUUUGAAGAUUCUAGAGAAUGUAGUGUAGAAAGGACAGCUUCUCCUAAAAAACCAGAACCAGUUAGUGUUGCUUCGGGUGUUGUGCCUCGUUCUAGUCCAAGGUUGCGAAGGAUGUGCCAAAAUAUGACAAACCUUGAAGUAGCUUGUUCAGACAUAACAAACACUGAGCCUCCCCCGUGUGUGAAGACAGAACCAGUCAGUACUAUUCGUCAGAGUCCCAGAAUCCGAUCUGUUAAAACAGAAAGAGACGAUUCUUGUCCAAGCUUAUCGCCUCAGGGACAACACUGUGAUAUUUUGGAGAACUCCCUUAGUCAACCUCCCAAUUUAUUAGAGCUGCAUGUCACCACGGUGUCAUCCCGACCCACAUCUCAUCACGGCAUGUCCCCAAGACUUCAUCACACCAGUCUAACUGGCUCAGACACCUGUCACUCACCACAUCAAUGCAGUGAUAUAACAGGAUUAAUAUCAUCAACAACCUCAGUUCAGUUGAGUCCUAGAACUCGAAAUUUGAGUGCUGUAAAUGGAGUGAGGCAAAGUCCUAGACUGCAAGAACGCUCAAGUCUUAGUCGCUCAAAUUCUUUGGUGGAAAGUGCAAAAUCAGCAGCAGUGAAGUGUUUAGACAACCAGCUUCUGAAAGAAUGUCAGAAAGAUGAUUGUGAAAUUGAUGUUGUUGGGAUUGACCAGGAGACUGAUCUAAAUUUAUCAGAGCCAUUCAGUGGAUUUGAAAAACUUAUGUGGGGAUCCAUUUUGAAAUCUGGAUCUCAAACAUCACCAUGUCAGGGAAAGAGCAAACACAUUGUGGAGCCAAAUAACAAUUAUCACAUGUAUCGUUCACUAUCAGACCAGUGUCUGGCAAAGAAAAGACAAAAAGAGCAUCACCGGAAACACAAGAUGUCUUACUCCGUCACCUCAUCAUUCGAGGACUUCGAUGAAAGUUCACCUGUCAAAAAGGUUCCUAAGUUAAUCUUCAGAAAAAACAAAGCUCAAGAGGAAGACAUUUUGCUUGUGGAAUUGGAGAACAAAGUUAGGAAAAAUGCUGGUAAACUCUUUAAUCAAGGGAAACCUUUUCCAAAGAAGUUAAAACUGAAGCUAGGGAAUGACAUGACUGAAAUAGAUCUACCUCAAUGACCCAGUGUCUUGUGUAAAACAUAAAUACUGAAUUCAUCUUUAUUGUUUUAAUAAUAUCACAUGGUUAUAAGUACUACGUUUAAGAACAAUCAAUUCUAUGCAGGGUUAUAUUCAUACUUAACUUAUUUCUACAUAUACAUGUAUAUCAUAUAUUAUGUUAACAUAACUCUCAUCAGGAAAAAUAUGUUAAAUUGGGUCUUUCCAUUUUGCAAUUUGAGUAACCAUUGAUAUCAUGUUAUGAAAUUUUUUGUUUAUUUUCUCUUUUUUCUGGAGGCCAUUUUUCCCUCUCGUGUAGAUGUUGUAACUUUAGAAUGAUAUGUUUUAAUUUUCAGGAAUUUUAUUGUAAAACAGAGUACAAAACUGACUCUCUGAAAAGAAAUUCUUUGUUUAAUGUGGAUCUCUUUGUAAUUAUCCCAAAAUGUUAUGUUAUGGCUCGUUAAAGCAUUUGCAAAAUUUCAAUUUCUAUUGAAAAUAUAAUUGUCUUAUAUCAUUUUUAUAAUUGACAAGAUUUUAGUCGUAGAUUUAGAAAAUAUUAACAACUAACAUUUUUUAAUUUUCAUGAAUAUUUUUAAUUCGAAAUGUUACAACGUCUACCUAUGUCUUUUAAUACAUCUAUAUAAUGCAUCAAAUCACAGAUUUGGACUUCAGAGCAAACUAAUCACUCUUUUUUUUCUUUUUCUUUUUUUGUUUUUUGUUGUUGUUAUUCUGAGGAAAAACACACCAAAGAAAAACGUAAAAUAAUUCUGAGCUUGUAUUGCUCUCAUACUUGAUAUGAAGUGCUUUAACGAGCCAUCAAAUGAAAUUUUGGGGUAGUAAAAAUGUUCUGUUCAUAGAGAAUGAUACACUCAAAUUUAUAACUCAGGUCUUUCAUAUUGGGCAAAUUUUUCCUUGUGCAACCUGUAAUGCAUGUAAUAAUUUUGUUUAGAAUGUUGAUUGAUAUCAAUGAUUUUAAGUAUUUAGUCACUUGCAACUAACAACAGUCACAUAAUAAACAUUGGUGAUAACUUGAUAAAUAUUGUAUAUACAUGUAAGUAUGAUCUAAAGAAAAGUAGCAUCCAUAAGCAUGAGUUUUGACAUGAUAGGAAUGUAUUGGGUAUUAACAGAUGCAUAUUUGUUUUGAUUCUACUAAAGUGGUAUUCUUCCAUAUUGCUAUCUUGGCAGUCUGUUUGAAAAAAGAACUUUGAUCGGUUCAUGAAUGUCACAAUCAGAUUUGGAAGUGGAUUAAAAUCCUAUGUUAGGCAGAUUAUUAUUAGAUUACAGGUGAUAAACAUUUAAUUAGUGAAAAUGUGAUAAUUGUUAAUGGUGUUUGUUGAGAUUUGUUGAGAACGUUUGCUGUUAUUUAAUAGCUGUUGUCACAUUUUUUGUCUUUGUACAUUUGCUGUCACCACUUGUCAUUCUUCCAUUCUCUAAUCACUGAAACUAUGUAUAGAUUACGACGGUGUGGAACAUAUUGUAUCAGUCUGUCUAUAAAGUGUAGAAGACGGGUUUUUUUUGCAUAGAAGAAAAUUUAGUUAAUAUUGACAAAAUGAAACCUCGGUACAACAAAAGCACUGAAAAUGAAUUAAAGUCUAGAAUGGUUCAAUAGCAAAGACAGAAAAGGCCAUGGUACAAGUAUCUUUUCUGUUUACAUUUCUGGAGGGAUCUAUGGAUUCCUUAUUUUACGCGAGUACUUAUUGCGAAAUGAUUCAUGGACAUCAAAUUCGCAAGGGCUCUGUUGAAUCAAGUGUUUUUGCAUGUAUUUUAGCAUUAUAAAAAUAAAAGCAAGAAAUAUUUUUUCGCAAGUGAUGUUUCUAGGGAAAUUACGUGAUAAUAAAUUCCUUGCAUAUAUUUAGGAAUUUACCGUACCUUUUCUCAAAUAUCAGUUGUUUUAGAGGGGGAUGGAACCACAGGCAUCAGUCUUCAGUUUAGUACAUUUAUAAUUUAUUCACAGUCUGUGAUGCAUGGGUAUUCACAGAUGUCUAGAUAUAUUGAUAUAUACACAUUUUAACUUUUUUUAUAUCAAGAAUGAAUAAUUUCAAAGUGAUUAAAAAUGGAGAUUAAAUAAUUGUAAAGCAAUUAAAAACUCAUGGUGAUGAUGUUUAUUCCUCUGAAGUGAGUAUAUUUCUAUGAGAAAUUUAAGUGGUUGUUUUUUUUCAUUUGGCUGUGAGAAAACUAUUUACAUGUCGAAAGGGAUGUUAAAUGGCAGCAAAAGAAGUACCAUGGCCUAAUUGGGUAAAAGAAGUUGAAAUUAUAGAGAAACAUUAGGCUGUCCCCAGUGGAUCGUGAUAACUGUUUUAUUUUUUAUGGUAUACUGUGUAUGUAUGGAUGAAAAUUUGCAAAAUGUCCAGUUUGGACCUUUUCCUAUAUUUCAUGUUUUAAUCAUUGGAAUUGAAAAUUAGAAAUGCUUGAUAAGAACUUGUUCUGACAUUUAUGAAAUUCUAUCUUCAGUACAACAGAUGGAGAGAAUAGAAUACACAAGUAGACUUUUUGGUUGAAUAAUGUUGAUCUAGAACUGAUAUUUCAAGAAAAUUGUUGAAGAUAACUUGUAUUAGUUUGAUAUAGUAACCUUUAAUUUAUUGAUGUGUUGGCAUGACAACAAUAAAAACAAACUUUAUGAU